UACUGCUAAUACUACUGUGGCUUUUUGUCUACAUUUACAGUAAAAAAAAAAAAAUUAUACUUCAUUUACAGGUUAGUGAAAAUGAUUUAAAAAAUUUCCCUUCCGUGUUUACAGGCCCCUUUGAUUCUAUCUCCAGAUAAAUGGGGCCCCAGUUAAACACUCCUGCGCCGGCGCCUUCACAUAGCAGGCGGAGUACUGUUGUUGGCUAACUGACAGGUCGCUGCUCUGAGAUGUGCUACCUCAGUCCUGCUGGGCAGCCUUUCCUUCUCUCUCCACCUUGUCCUGCCCUCGCACCUCUGGGCAAGCUGGCCUCAUUUUUCCUGUCUCGGGUGGACGCCUUGAGCCCUCAGCUCCAGCAGUUGGCCUGUGAGUGUUACUCCCGGCUGCCCUCCCUAGGGGCUGGCUUCUCCCAGGGCCUGAAGCACACGGACAGCUGGGAGCAGGAGCUGCACAGCCUGCUGGCCUCUCUGCACAGCCUGCUUGGGGCCCUGUAUGAGGGAGCAGAAACGGCUCCCGUGCAGUACGAAGGCCCUGGGGUGGAGACGCUGCUCUCCCCGUCAGAAGAUGGCGAUGCCCAUGUCCUUCUCCGGCUUUGGCAGAGGUUUUCCGGGCUGGCCCGCUGCCUGGGGCUCAUGCUCAGCUCUGAGUUCGGGGCUCCCGUGUCCGUCCCCGUGCAGGAGAUCCUGGAUCUUAUCUGCCGGACCCUCGGCGUCAGUGCCAAGAACAUCAGUUUGCUUGGAGAUGGUCCCUUGCGGUUGCUGCUGCUGCCCUCCCUCCACCUGGAAGCCUUGGACCUGCUCUCUGCACUCAUCCUCGCGUGUGGAGGCCGGCUCUUGCGCUUUGGGGCCCUGAUCAGCCGCCUGCUUCCCCAGGUUCUCAAUGCCUGGAGCAUUGGGAGGGACAGCCUCUCUCCAGGCCAGGAGAGGCCUUACAGCACCAUGCGGACCAAGGUGUACGCUGUCCUGGAGCUGUGGGUGCAGGUGUGUGGGGCCUCGGCAGGAGUGCUUCAGGGGGGAGCCUCGGGUGAGGCCCUGCUCACCCACCUGCUCGGUGACAUCUCCCCGCCGGCUGACGCCCUCAAACUGCGCAGUCCCCGGGGGAGCCCUGAUGGGGGUUUGCAGACCGGGAAGCCCAGCGCCCCCAAGAAGCUAAAGCUGGAUAUGGGGGAGGCUAUGGCCCCGCCCAGCCACCGGAAGGGGGACAGCAGUGCCAACAGUGACGUGUGUGCGGCUGCGCUGAGAGGCCUCAGCCGGACCGUCCUCAUGUGCGGGCCUCUCAUCAAGGAGGAGACUCACAGGAGACUGCAUGAUCUGGUCCUCCCACUGGUCAUGGGCGUCCAGCAGGGCGAGGUCCUAGGCAGCUCCCCGUACACCAGCUCGCGCUGCCGCCGGGAACUCUACCGCCUGCUGCUGGCUCUGCUGCUGGCGCCUUCUCCUCGCUGCCCGCCUCCUCUCGCCUGUGCCCUGCAGGCCUUCUCCCUGGGCCAGAGAGAAGACAGCCUUGAGGUCUCCGCUUUCUGCUCAGAAGCACUGGUGACCUGUGCAGCUCUGACCCAUCCCCGGGUUCCUCCCCUGCAGACCAUGGGCCCUGCCUGCCCCACCCCUGCCCCAGUUCCCCCUCCUGAGGCUCCAUCUCCAUUCAGGGCUCCAGCUUUUCAUCCCCCAGGCCCCAUGCCCUCGGUGGGUCCCAUGCCCUCGGCGGGCCCCAUGCCCUCGGCGGGCCCCAUGCCUUCCCCAGGCCCUGUGCCCCCAGCGGGCCCCAUGCCCUCGGUGGGCCCCAUGCCCUCGGCACGCCCUGGACCUCCAGCCACAGCCAACCACUUAGGCCUCUCCGUCCCAGGCCUGGUGUCUGUAUCCCCCCGGCUCCUUCCUGGCCCUGAGAACCACCGGGCAGGCUCAAAUGAGGAUGCCGUCCUUGCCCCUAGUGGCACUCCUCCACCUACUCUACCCCCAGAUGAAACUUUCGGGGGAAGGGUGCCCAGACCAGCCUUUGUCCACUAUGAUAAGGAGGAGGCAUCCGAUGUGGAGAUUUCCUUGGAAAGCGACUCUGAUGACAGUGUGGUGAUCGUGCCUGAGGGGCUGCCACCCCUGCCGCCCCCACCCCCCUCGGGUACCACACCCCCGCCUGCAGCCCCAGUCGGGCCGCCAACAGCGUCCCCUCCUGUGCCAGCCAAGGAGGAGCCAGAAGAGCUGCCUGCGGCCCCGGGGCCUCUCCCUCCGCCGCCUCCCCCUCCUGUUCCUGGCCCUGUGGCACUCCCACCACCCCAGCUGGUCCCUGAAGGGACUCCCAGUGGUGGAGGACCCCCAGCCCUGGAAGAAGAUUUGACAGUUAUUAAUAUCAACAGCAGUGAUGAGGAGGAGGAGGAGGAAGAGGAGGAGGAGGAGGAGGAGGAGGAAGAGGAGGAGGAGGAUUUUGAGGAGGAGGAGGAGGAUGAAGAAGAGUAUUUUGAAGAGGAAGAAGAAGAGGAAGAAGAGUUUGAGGAGGAGUUUGAGGAAGAGGAAGGCGAGUUAGAGGAGGAAGAAGAGGACGAGGACGAGGAGGAAGAGGUGGAAGAGGUGGAGUUCGGCCCGGCGGGCGGGGAGGUGGAAGAAGGAGGGCCUGCACCCCCAAGCCUGCCUCCAGCUCUGCCCCCCGCCGCGUCCCCCAAGGUGCAGCCGCAGCCAGAACCGGAACCCGGGCUGCUGCUGGAAGUGGAGGAGCCGGGGGCUGAGGAGGGGCCUGGGGCCGAGACGGCCCCCACACUGGCCCCUGAGGUGCUCCCCUCCCAGCGGGAGGUGGAGAGGGAAGGGGGGAGCCCCCCUGCAGUGCCAUCUCCUCAAGAGCUUGUUGAAGAGGAGCCCUCUGUGCCCCCAACCCUGCUGGAAGAGGGGGCUGAGGGUGGGGGUGACAAGGUACCACCCCCACCAGAGGCAUCUGCAGCAGAAGAGAUGGAGACAGAGGUGGAGGCGGCAGCUCUCCAGGAAAAGGAACAGGAUGACACAGCUGCCAUGCUGGCUGACUUCAUCGAUUGCCCCCCUGAUGAUGAGAAGCCACCACCUGCCACAGAGCCUGAUUCCUAGCCCUCUCCCACACCUCCCACUCUUCUUUUCCAAUAAAGUUAUGUCCUUGGAUAGCGA